AUGUAUGGCUAUCGACUAGAAACGGCUUUUUUUUUUUUUUUUUACAAAUUCGUUUUCGUUUUUCCUUUUCUUUUUUUUCUUUCAUUUUUCGUCUUCAUUUUUCUUUUCUUCUUUUCUUUUUUUUUCUUUUCUUUUUUUUUCUUUUAUUUUUUACAAAUUCAUUAUGUUAUAUGUUCUUUCACUCGAUUUUCAAUUCUGUUUAUCUCUCUCUACUGUUUCUUAAUCCUUCUGUCUUUCAUUCUUUCUUUUCUCUCCUCAUGCUUUGUCUUUGAUCUCUUUCUCUCCUGUAUCUUUCUCCCUCUUUGUGUGUUUCUUUCCACCUCUCUCCCUCUUUUCUCUUCCUGUUACUUUUUUCUUUCUAUUUUUCACUAUCAUUUUCUUCCUCUUUUACACAUUUCUUUUAACAUAUCUCUUUUAUCCCUAAAUCUUCGAUUAUCACCUGUUCAUUAUUUUUUAAAAUCAUCUGCUCCCCUCUCUCUCUCUCUCUCUCUCUCUCUUACUGUCCUUUCUUCCCUCUCUUUUAUUCUCUUUUCUUCUUUCUCUCCCUCUCGUCCUUAUUUUUUUCUCUUUCAAUGUCUGUCUCUCAUUUUAAAAUUUUCAUUUAAAAAUGAUAAAGUUAAUCUUUUCUUCUUCUUAACAGUAACGGAUUAUUCUCUCUCUCUCUCUCUCUCUCUCUCUCUCUCUCUCUCUCUCUCUCUAUCUCUAUCUCUCUCUUUCUUUCUUUUUCGUUCUCUCUUUCUCGUUCUUUCUCUUUCUUUUUUCUAUAUCUAUUCAUCUAUUCAAAUCUCUAUCUCUAUAUCACAAUUUACCUACACUCUUUGUUAUUCUCUCUCUCUCUCUCUCUCUCUCUCUCUCUCUCUCUCUCUCUAUCGAUACUUCAUUUCAUCUCCGUUUUCACCUUUCUCUCUCUAUUUCUCCCUUUCUUUCUCUAUCUCGUUCUUUUAUUCUCUCUUUCUCGUUCUUUCUGUUUCUUUUUCUCUAUCUAUUCAUCUUUCUAUCUCUCUAUAUCAAAAUCUUCCUACGUUAUUUUUUUACUCUCUCUAUCGAUACCCCAAUUCAUCUCCCUUUCUCUUUUCUCUCUCUAUCUUUUUUCUCGCUCUCGAUUUGUCUAUAUCUUCGUUUCUUCUCUCACUUUCUCGCUCUCAUCUCCCUGUUUGA